AUGAUCCCGGAGAAGAAGCAGCGGUUCAGGGAGCAGCAGCUGGCCGGCGGCGGCACCGGGAGGCGGACUGGAGCUCAGCGGACACCGGGAGGAGAAGCUGCCAGAGAGGCGGAGACACCGGAGCCAGCAGCCGCUGGAAGCUGCGGCGGAGGGGGGCAGAGACAAGAUGGACGCUGCUCUCUACGCCGCUGGUCGGCCGCUAACCGACGGAGAUAUGGACUUCCUUUCCAUGUCUACGCUGACGACUAUCAGCUCUAUCUGCCCCUGAAGCAGGGAGAGAAACCAUUUAGUUGUGAACUUUGUGGACAAAGAUUUAAACAAAAAUCCAACUUGAACAGACACAUGAGGUUCCACACAGGAGAGAAACCCUUCGGGUGUCGUCUCUGUGGGCAGACGUUCAGCUGGAAGUCUAGUUUAGACUGUCACAUGAGAAUCCACACAGGAGAAAAACCAUUUGGGUGUGAUUUCUGUGGACAAAGAUUUAGUGAAAAAUCAGUUCUGAACACUCACAUGAGGAUCCACACUGGAGACAAACCAUUUAGCUGUGAUGUUUGUGGACAAAGAUUUAACCAAAGAUCACAUUUGAAAAGGCAUGCCAGAGUCCACACUGGAGAGAAACCGUUUUGUUGUGAGGUCUGUGGACAACAUUUUGGUGAUAAGUCUGUUCUAAACAUUCACAUGGGGAACCACACUGGAGACAAGCCAUUUGGUUGUCAUGUUUGUGGACAAAGAUUUAGUCGGAAGUCAAUUUUAGACAGUCACAUGAGGAUCCACACGGGAGACAAACCGUUUGACUGUGAUGUCUGUGGAAAAAGAUUUAGUCACAAGUCCAGUGUAAACAUUCACAGGAGAAUCCACACAGGGGAAACCCCGUUUGGCUGUCAAACGUGUGAAAAAAGAUUUAGUAGAAAGUCAAUUUUAGAGAGUCACUUGAGAAUCCACACAGGAGACAAACCGUUCAGAUGUGACGUUUGUGGACAAAGAUGUAGCGAAAGAGCACAUCUAAAAAAACACAUGAGAAUCCACAGUGGAGACAAACCAUUUGGUUGUGAUGUUUGUGGAAAACGAUUUAGAGAUAAGUGGCAUUUUAAUAUUCACCUGAGAAUCCAUACAGGAGAGAAACCAUUUGGCUGUGAUAUCUGUGGGAAAAGAUUCAGUGAUAAAUCAGAUUCCAACAAUCACAUGAGAAUCCACACAGGAGAGAAGCCGUUUGCUUGUGAUCUUUGUGGACAGAGAUUUAGACGAAAACCAUGUUUGAACAUUCACAUGCGAAUCCACACAGGAGAUAAACCAUUUGGCUGUGAUUUAUGCGGGAAAAAGUUUAGACAAAAAUCAUAUUUGAAAAUUCACAUAAGAAUUCACACAGGUGAUAAACCAUUUGGUUGUGAGAUUUGUGGAAAAAAAUUCAACAGUAAGUCAAACUUAAAAAAUCACAUGAAAAGCCACACAGGAGUGGAAGCUGUUUAGAUAUGAAUUUUAAGACAACUGUGGAUACGAAACAUUUAAAGUAGCACCAUGUAACUUUCUGACAACACGGCACUGUCACAAAAUUAGACAGUCUGUGAUUUGGAAUCUGAUAGCAGACCACUUUUAACCAGCAGAUUGAAAAGUCAUCAAGUUACUUUUAAAGUCAAGGCCAUAUUCACCCCUCUAGAUUAAAUCCUACAUCAGAGAACCAAAAAUAUGUCUGAUCAGGUGUCAUAUCCAUUAGGACUGGACAAUAAUUUAAUACCAAUAUAUAUUCUGAAAAUAUAGAAAAAAGGGUCAAUAAAAGGUUCAAUAGAAUAACAAUUUUCGUUCCUUCUGCAUUCUAGUGAUGUAGGUUAAUAUUACAUUACAGUCAUUACAUCCUCCCAAGCAAUCACAAACACAGACCCAGGAAC